UGUGACUUGUCUGUCUGUCAUCUUCAGCUGAAAGAAGGUGAGUCAGUCAGAGGGGGCAGGGUUAAACAUACAUUAGAUGAGAUUAGGAGGAAGCAACAGGUGUGUUUUUACUGGAGAUACUGACAGGUCACUGUGUCAGUCUGCUAGAGGAGCUUACAGAGUGAGAGACAAAGAGAGAGUGAGCGGAAGGGAGAGCGAGAGAGAGAGAGAGAGAGAGAGAGACAGACAGACACAGUCGGGGAGAGACCGGGAGUGUGUGAGAGAAACUGCAAAGGAGAGACACCGAAAUUGAGAAUUGGACAGUACCACCAGAGAGACGUGAUGGAACCCAUUGGUGAUGUUCUCCACCUGUUAGUCAUCCUGUCCUUGUUGGAGACAGGCAAUGCCAAAGUGGGAGACUUCAAAGCAGCAGGAGCUACAGCACCAGGAGAUAUCAUCAUUGGAGGGCUGUUUGCCAUCCAUGAGGGAGUAGAGGAAACCGCCAACCUCUCAGCACCCCAUGCAUCACAGUGUGCCAGGUUCAACAUGGACGGGUUCACCCAGGCAUUGGCUAUGAUCCACGCUGUAGAGUCGGCCAACAGAUCCCCUGUCCUGACUACACUAGGGAUCUCUCUGGGGUACCGUAUCCACGACUCCUGCUCUGAUGUCACCACCGCUCUGAGAGCCUCAGCUGACUUCACACAGGAGCCCACCACGGACUGUGGGGGAGGGGCCAACACCUCUAACUCUUCCCCGCCGAUCAUGGCCGUCAUUGGGGCCUCUUCCUCUGAGAUUUCCAUCUCCGUUGCCCGGCAACUCAAUCUAGAGCUCAUCCCUCAAAUCAGUUACGCCUCCACCGCCAUCAUCCUGAGUGACAAGAAACGUUUCCCUACUUUCCUGAGGACCGUACCUAGCGACCUGUACCAGACACGGGCCAUGGUCCAGUUGCUUAGCGACAGCAAAUGGACCUGGGUGGGCGUGGUCACAACAGAUGGAGACUACGGCCGUUCUGCCCUGGACAGCUUCUUCUCCCAGGCAACCGCCUCAGGCAUCUGUGUGGCCUUCAAGGAGAUCCUCCCUAAUUCGCUAACCAGGCCUGACGGUGAAUCAGCAGUCAGACAAGUCGCCGCCACCCUCCACCGGAACCCCAAUGUCAAGGUGGUGGUGUCAUUCGCCAAGCCUACUCAGAUGAUGUACCUAUACCAGGAGCUGAGGGGUCUGGGGUCGGGGCUGGGAGAGAGGGUGUGGGUGGCCAGUGACAGCUGGUCCUCGUCCAAGGAGGUCCUGGGAAAGAUGGACCUCCCAGAUAUUGGUCAUGUGGUAGGCUUCACCUUCAAAACAGGGAACCUGGCUCAUUUCCAUCACUACCUGAUGAAUCUGAGUGACAGCAAUGAUGUCAUAGGAAACAACUCCUUCCUAAAGGAGUUCUACUCCCUGCCAAAUGGGUCGGGAGACCACAAGGUUGUGUCCUCCUCCACAGCCGCAGCAGAAAUCCUGUUAAACAACAGCUAUGCGAACGUAGUCUUCAAUGUGGAGAUGGCUGUCAGUGCCAUUGCCCAUGCAGUGGCUGAUAUCUGCAGCAAAAAGGACUGCAAGACACCAGGCAAUGUCCAACCCUGGCAGGUGCUUGAAGCCCUGAGAGGCAGUCGGUUUGAGCUGGAGGGGAAAAGCUACACGUUUGACCAGAAAGGAGACAUCAACAUGGGCUAUGAUGUAACCCUGUGGAGGUCUGUGAGAGGGGUCAUCAACAUCCAUGACGUUGUAGCUGAGUACCAUCCAAUCAACAACAGCUUCAGCUACACCAGCGGAAACACAAAAAAUAUCACUAACCUGAGGGAUGUGGUGUCUGUGUGCUCAGCUAGCUGUGAACCUGGGAAGUUCAAGAAGACUGCAGAGGGUCGGCACACCUGCUGCUAUGAAUGCAUCAACUGCACUGAGAACCACUACUCCAACAACACUGACAUGGACCAGUGUCUCUCUUGUGAUACAAAGAGAGAGUGGUCCCUGGAAGGGAGCUCUGGGUGUACCCAUAAGACCCUGGAGUUCUUCUCCUGGCAGGAUGGUUUCGCGGUGGUGCUGCUGGCGCUGUCGGCCCUGGGCAUCGUCCUGGUUCUCCUGGUGGGGGCACUCUUCCUACACCACCACCGGACCCCCGUUGUGAAGGCUGCCGGGGGGCCUCUCUCCCAGAUCAUCCUGCUCUCCCUAGUGGGAAGUUUUGUUAGUGCUGUGUUCUUUGUAGGACAUCCCAGCAGCCUACAAUGUAAGGUGCGUCAGGUGCUGUUUGGACUCAGCUUCACCCUGUGUGUUUCCUGCAUCCUGGUCAAGUCCCUGAAGAUCCUGCUGGCCUUCCAGCUCAACCCUGACCUGAAGGACGUUCUCCGCCGCCUCUACCAACCCUAUGCCAUCAUCUGUCUCUGCGUGGCCCUACAGGUCCUCACCUGCACCCUGUGGCUGGUCCUGCAGAGCCCCCGGGAGAAGGCCACCGUCUUCGCCACCACUGUGCUGGCCGAGUGUGACGAGGGCUCCCACGUGGCGUUUGGCGUGAUGCUGGGCUACAUCGCUGUACUGGCGCUUGUCUGUUUCGCCUGUGCGUUUAAAGGCCGCAAGCUGCCACAGAAGUACAACGAGGCCAGGUUCAUCACCUUCAGCAUGCUCCUCUACCUCAUGUCCUGGGUAAUGUUUGUGCCCAUCUAUGUGACCACCUCGGGGAAGUACCUGCCAGCAGUGGAGAUGGUGGUCAUCCUCAUCUCCAACUAUGGCGUCCUCAGCUGUCAUUUCUUCCCCAAGUGCUACGUCAUCCUCUUCAAGAAGGAGCACAACACCAAGAGUGCCUUCAUGAAGAACGUGUUUGAGUAUUCCAGAAAGGGCAUUACUGACUCUAGCUCUGUCUCUGAGACUUCAGUCUCUCAGACAGAAGGGAAGUGCAUCAGUAACUCUUAUUCCAUCAGUUCACCUUCCUUCUUCAUGUCUACUACACCAAUAGAACCCACAGCACCUCCGAACUGUUGGUCCGUUGGCCAGGACAUUCAGAGCAUUGACCCUGCAACCCAUUGCACCGUAGUAGACCAUGGAGUGUUUUUCACAGGUCAGCUGACUCGACCACACCAUCUGAGGAGAAGCAUGAGCCUAUGAGUGGAGUGGACCACUGUCUGGAAUUUUUACGUCUUACGGUACAUCACACAGUGUGUCUCUGUGAUCCUAUCUUUGGUUUGACUGUUCCCAUUUUGCUUAGUCUACUGGCAUGUUUUUUUCCCAAGUGGGGUUGUGGAUUUUACAUUCAAGGCAAUUUAGGUAACACUUUAUUUGACACUGAUAUGGACAUGAUAAACAGGCAUAAAUUCUGUCAUACAGUGUCAUGUUAAUCCAGGGGCGCAACUUUGGUUUUAUAAAUGGGGGGGACAUAAUAUAUAUGCACUCCCGGUCAAAAGUUUUCAAACAACUAAUCAUUCAAGGAUUUUUCUUUAUUUGUACUGUUUUCUACAUUGUAGACUAACAGUGAAAACAUCAAAAUUAUGAAAUAACACAUUUAAUAAUUGCAUUUCAAUGAACAGGUGUGCCUUGUUAAAAGUUCAUUUGUGGAAUUUGUUUCCUUCUCAAUGCGUCUGAGCCAAUUAAUUGUGUUGUGACAAGGUAGGAGGGGUAUACAGAAGAUAGCCCUAUUUGGUAAAAGAACAGCUCAAAUAAGCAAAGAGAAAUGACAGUCCAUCAUUACUUUAAGACACAAAGGUCAGUCAACAUGGAACAUUUCAAGAACUUUGAACGUUUCUUCAAGUGCAGUCGCAAAAACCAUCAAGCGCUAUGGUGAAACUGGUGAGGACCACCACAGGAAUGGAAGACCCAGAGUUACCUCUGCUGCAGAGGAUAAGUUCAUUAGAGUUACCAGCCUCAGAAAUUGCAUCCCAAAUAAAUGUUUCACACAGUUCAAGUAACAGACACAUUUCAACAUCAACUGUUCAAAUGAGACUGUAUGAAUCAUGCCUUCUUGAUCGAAUUGCUGCAAAGAAACCACUACUACAGGACACCAGUAAUAAGAAGAGACUUGCUUGAGCCAAGAAACAUGAGCAAUGGACAUUAGACCGGUGGAAAUUUGUCAUUUGGUCUGGAGUCCAAAUUGGAGAUAUUUGGUUCCAACCGCCAUGUCUUUGUGAGACAUAGUGUGGGUGAACGGAUGAUCUCCACAUAUUUAUUUCCUAAUGUAAAGCAUGGGGGAGGAGGUAUUAUGGUCUGGGGGUGCUAUGCUGAUGACACUGUCAGUGAUUAAUUUAGAAUUGAAGGCACACUUAACCUGCAUGGCUACCACAGCAUUCUGCAGCGAUACCCCAUCCCACCUGGUUUGGGAUUAGUGGGACUAUCAUUUGUUUUUCAACAGCACAAUGACCCAACACACCUCCAGGCUGUGUAAGGGCCAUUUUACCAAGAAGGAGAGUGAUGGUGUGCUGCAUCAGAUGACAUAUGUGAGAACUCCUUCAAGAAUUAUGGAAAAGCAUUCCAGGUUAACCUGGUUGAGAGAAUGCCAAGAGUGUGCAAAGCUGUGAUCAAGGCAAAGGGUGGCUACUUUGAAUAAUCUCAAAUAUAAAAUAUAUUUUGAUUUGUUUGAUACUUUUUUGGUUACUACAUAAUUCCAUAUGUGUUAUUUCAUAGCUAAAAUGUAGAAAAUAGUACAAAUAAAGAAAAACCCUUGAAUGAGUAGGUAUUCGAAAACCUUUGACCGGUUGUGUAUUUUUUUUUAUCCAGUCAGAUAAACACUCCAAACAGCCUACCCGACCGCUCGGAGGCACUCUCAUGGUCCGAAAGCACACUGUUGUUUGGCUUUGUAUUACAUUCCAAUGAUAAAACUGGGGGGGAAAUGCAAUUUCUGAAUGUGAAGGGGACAUGUCCCCGUCCCCCGUCCCCAGUUAAAAGCCCAUGUGUUUAUCUAUCAAUAUUUAUAUUGGUUCAUUUUCUAUGGUAUACAGGGCUGAUUUAUUUGUGAACUGCAUAUGGUGUCCAAACCCAUGUUAAUGUGAAAUGUUUUAACUGUAAAAAUCAUGGGGGAUGCUGGAAUUUGCUAUGGGCAUACUGUCAUGUCGUGUGUUGGAUCCCUGAAUAGGCAGUUUCUGUACGCGAUGUGUACAGUAAACAGCAUUUUUCUAGGAGCUGAUCCAGCAGGAUACAUAUGAGAUAUUAAACAACAGGUGGGUCUAAUCCUGAACGUUGGUUGAUUAAAACUGCAUUCCAGCUGGUGUCUAAACCACAAGUUACCACCGACUAAAUCUAUUACAUUAAAAUGCCUAUUUAGUCUGUUCCAUCUGACUGUGCAAUCCACUAUCUCAUCAGCCCAGCCAAACAAUUUAUAAACUUGAUAUCCACUAUAAAAAGCAUCUAGACAUUAUCUCACAUUUAUUUUAGACUAACAUUUAGUUUUCAACAGCGGAGAUUUGUUAACCUUGCGGAUAAAAAGUCAAACGAAACGAGGUGUGGAACCACAGUGUCCUGACGAGUGAGCACAUUUGCUUUGCAAAGCAAAAUCGCACCUCAUUAGUCCAUUGUUAUGGAUGUAUCCAAAUAAAUG